AGAUAAAAGAGAAGCGAGAGAAGAGAGAAGAGAGAAGAGAGAAGAGCGAGAAGAGAGAUCGGAGAUGGCGGACCAGGAGGCGAGAGGGGAGGAAUUUGAGAAGAAGGCGGAGAAGAAGCUCACGGGAUGGGGCUUCUUCGGAUCCAAGUUUGAGGAUGCCGCCGAUCUCUUUGACAAGGCGGCGAACUGCUUCAAGCUCGCUAAGAACUGGGAGAGAGCUGCUUCAGCAUACAAAAAACUAGCUAACUGUCAUUUAAAGUUAGAAAGCAAGCAUGAGGCUGCCUCAGCUUAUGUUGAUGCAGCAAAUUGUUACAAAAAGAUUUCAGCUCAAGAUGCGGCUGAGUCCUUAAACCAGGCUGUCAAUCUUUUCUUGGAGAUAGGUAGAUUGAACAUGGCUGCAAGAUACUGCAAGGAACUAGGUGAGAUAUAUGAACAAGAACAGAGCUUUGACAAGGCUAUUGACUAUUUUGAGCGGGCUGCGGAUUUGUUUCAAAGUGAAGAAGUAACAACCUCUGCAAAUCAAUGCAAGCAAAAAGUUGCACAAUUUGCUGCUCAGCUGGAACAAUAUCCAAAGGCUAUUGAGAUAUUUGAAGCCAUAGCACGGCAUUCUAUGAAUAACAAUCUACUGAAGUACAGUGUCAAGGGGCUUCUCCUUAAUGCAGGAAUUUGUCAACUUUGUAGAGGUGAUGUGGUGGCAAUAACUAACGCCCUUGAGAAGUAUCAGGAUCUCGAUCCAUCCUUUUCAGGUUCACGGGAAUGCAAGCUUUUAGCUGAUCUAGCUGCAUCCAUGGAUGAGGAAGAUGUUGGGAAGUUCACUGAUGCUAUCAAGGAAUUUGAUAGCAUGACCCGGCUGGACCCUUGGAAAACAACUCUUCUUCUCCGGGCAAAGAAUGUUCUAAAAGCAAAGGAAGAAGAAGAAGAUGAUCUGACAUAAGGUUUGCUAGUUGUUUGUAUCACAGGUUCCUUGCCAACUACCUGAUGAUGUAAUUAACAUAACAAUAUGGGAUUUGUCAUGUGUUUUGAGAGUUGUUUGCACAGUUGGCCCCUUGUGAACUCUCUCUUAUUCUCUUCACCGCCAGUGGUCAAUGUUUGUUUGCUCAAUAAGUGUUUGGUGUUUUUCAUUUGAUUUAUGGAUAUGUUUCUCUUUUUUAUAAUGAUUGUCAUGCCGAUUUGGAUUUUA